AAACAGUAAGUUGGUUGAACAUUUUCUAUUUCUCUCGAAACACCCUUCACUUACACAUGAUUCUUCUUCACAUUCUUUCUUAAUUUUCUUCAAAUUUCAAGAUUCUCUGGAACCCUGUCACCGGCGAUUGUUGCCGGAGUCUUUUCCGAUGAUCCACCGUUUGAAGUUAUCUGAUUGUCCAACAAGCUUCUAGAUAUCAGCAUUCAGUUAUAAAUUGAGAUGAAUUCUAUUUGUUGCUGUGAAUGUGGUGAUGACUUUGAAGAUUUUUCGACUAAUGCAAUAUAUAGACAUUGUCUGUGCUUAAGAUUCUUUUUCCACCAGUUGUUUUCAGGGUACGGUGCAUUGUUUCAGAGGAUUGAAGGACUACCCGUAUCAUCACCUAUUCAAGUAACCGCUACAUCUUCGGGUGUUGGUUUCUCACUACCAACUUCUGCAAAUGAUGACAUUCAUUCGGCUACACGGCCCUUAGCUUACGAUUCUGAUCAUAGAUACACGCGUUUGCAACGUGGCCUAGUUCUUAGACGUGAGAAAUCAAUGACCCAUUUUCAAGUAGAUUCACAAUCCGGUAUGGAAGUUAUGGAUCUUUCAAAAAGAAAAUCUGGUAUCGAUUUUACGGAUGAAGAUUAUAAAAGGGGAACUAAUUUAGAGUCUUUAGAGAAGUCUUUGAAAGUCAAAGCCUCGGAAAGUCUUCUCUAUGAGCAAUCUUCGGAUAAUGAAGAUGUUUGUCCUACAUGUCUUGAUGAAUAUACUUUAGAGAAUCCUAAAAUUGUGACACAAUGCUCUCAUCAUUUUCACCUUGGUUGUAUAUACGAAUGGAUGGAAAGAAGUGACACUUGUCCGAUGUGUGGCAAGGUGAUGGAGUUUUGUGAAAGCCUGUAAAGUAAAAGAGAUUAAUAGUCAGAAAUGGUCGCACUGUCAAUAAUGCAAAGUAAGUGUACUUAAAUUUAAUUGAACCAUGCUUGUCGAAUCUAAUUGUAUGGCAUGAUCCAUAUGUUCAACACUAUGUUUUCUUAUUAUGUGUAAUGAUUCGUAGAAUGCAUUCCAUGUUUAUCGGUUCUC